GUGCUGUGGAGUAGGAACUGUUGGCUCUACAUGAGAGGAUUCAGCAUCAGGAAAUCAAAGCUUGAGUUGGUAAUAACAGACAACUGUUAUUCAAGAAAGGCAAAACUUCAAAGUAUAUUUGGUGAUAUGCCAGUGAUACCCGAUUUGUUUCAUGCAUUUCAAAGGAUCACUACUAAAAUUAGCUAGCAGCAUGAGUUCAUUUACAGAACUGAGUUAGCGAACUCAGCAAAGUUUUUGUUAUGUAAGUGGAGGAGGCAAUAGAAAAUUGACAACACAACCAUCAGAGAUAGUAUGAUCAGAAGUUCAGGAGUCAGCGUACCCGCAGCGCAUGUCAUAAUGAGCGAUCCGUGCGAACUUUAUCUUCUGCAUGCGGGAACUUUAUUUAGUUCUCGGAUGAGCGAGGGAAAAUGACAAAGCUUCGGAUUUUGUAAUACCACUUGAGAAACUUUUCAAUUAAGUUGAAGUGCUUGUUCUUCAGUUGUUGUGAGGAUUUCAAUCAUACUGAUGAUGCUUUCUCCCUAGAUGGAUUACAUAAUAUAAAUCAUAUUGGAAAGUGUUUGUUCGCGAGUCAUCUCAAUGCAUACCUAACCAAAUUGACCACUCCAAAAACCCAAUUCAGAUUGUAACAGCCAUCCAAGAAUUCCAAAGGAAUUAAAACUGAUCUACCCUCCGGCUUGGAGACAAAAAAGGGAGCCAAAGAAAGAAUGGCAGAACACAGAUUUGGACUUAGACAUCUACAAGAGGCGAGAGAAAUAUGGAUCACAGAGUACCUACACUAACAGUCGCAGAAAGACGAAAAAACAGUGGAAAAGAGCGUCCAUUACCGAAUCUGAGGAUGGAUAUUUCACCCCAAAGAAGGUCACUCGCCAUUCAAAAUCUCCUUUCCUGCCUCCAUGUGCAUGCAAAAUAACCUACCGAAACAUCAAGGAGGGGAAAAAAUUUAUAUCAACCCUCAUCAUGUCCCCUUCCUGGCAUCAGGAAACCGUAUGUUGUACACAAAGUGAAAAGGAAGAGGUUUAGAAGAAGAAAACGGUUGGCACAACGUAAAAGAAGGAAAAGCGUAAGGAAUGCUUGUUUUACUUUUAAGUUAGAGAUAAUUUUUGAACUGUAUCUUGCACUUUAAUUUUGCAAGAAAAAUUUGACAUUAUUUUUUGCUUCGUAUAAGGUGCCAUAUGGAAAGAUGAGAAUGAAACGUGCAAGGUUGAGAAAAACACAUGAAAAGACACAAUUUUAAACAUAGUUUUCGGGUAUCAAUCAUUGCUUUUUUUUUUAGUUGCAUGCUAUCAACAUUUUUAUUUUUUUAGUUUGAAAGGAGUUUGACAAUUAAUGUAGUCUGAUGUACAUGGAGAUGUAGCAGACCUUUUAGGGAGGAAAAUGCAAGGGAAACUAAAUAAGAAAGCAACUACAUGAGUAUCAUGCAUCAAUUAAUUGUAACACAUGCAACUGAAUGAUAAUUAAUUUUUUUGCAACUUAAUGAUAAUUAAUUUUUUUCUUUCUCUUAUUUGAUUCUUGUAUUAUCAUAAUUUAAUUUUCAAUUACAAUUGAUUCAAAAUUGCAAAUGUUAGAUGAUGGCCAGCUACACUACGAGUGACCUUCUUUAGAGUGCAGUAAAGUCUCCCGGACCCUCUGCUGGAAAGGAGCCACCCUCGAGUUCCGGCGAUCACACUACUCCCCUCCCUGUGGCAACAGACCAUCCAUCUGAUUGCCGUGAGAUCCUCCCUGAAUCUAUGGAAACAAGUAGCUUCACUACAAGGAACCUUCUUAAAAGUUCAGCCAAGUCUUCCAGACCUUCUGCUGAGAAAGAGCCACUCUCGAGUUCAGGCAAUUGGACUACUCCUCUCCCUGUGGCAACAGACCAUCCCCCAGAUUGCAGUGAGAUUCCUGCGGAAUCAUUGGAAACUAGUUGCGUUUUGGUGGACUGUAAUUACAUUGCAACUGGGUCUCCUGGCCAGUCACGAGGAAAAGAGUCGCUCACCAGAUCAGAGGAUCAUCCUCUACCAGUCCCAUUCCCUACAGAUCGACCCCCAGAUAUUCACCUUCACAAGUCAUCUCAUACCAUUGUGAUAAAGGGCAUUUCUGUGAACAGCUGUCAGUCUCCUACCCAGUCUUCAGGAGUGACGCCACCCAUGACCACAGUCAACAUCCUUUCAUCUAAGCCUGAGUCGAAUCGAUUUUAAAAUCGGUGUUCGAUCGAUGUCAUCGAACACCGGUG